AUGUGCCAUCACGUCAUAACAUACUACCCCUUCUGCGGCUGUCCCACGCUAGAAGUCACGGCUCGUGAUGCCGUCUUUAUACUCGACGGCCACGACAGAAACAUGUGCACAGGCUAUACCUUCUAUCCCUGCACGCGCACCAGGACCGCCGCCAGCCUCUGCGUCCCCUGGCGCGGCAACGCCGAGUCUUAUCAGCGGCAGAUCAAGGCCCGCUCCGACACCAUUAUACUGGUGUCGUUGGGAGACUGCGGGUUAGGGUCGAGGAAUGUGAUGGGCGGAUGUAAGUCCCGCGGAGCUCAGAGGGCGGCCAGGGAUAGUUUUGGAGCAUUGUUGGAGGAGGAGAUGGUGAGGGGGGUGAAGAGGGGGGCGGAGGAGGAGAUGCAGAGGUGUGUGUUUGUGAGGGAGAGGAAUGAGGAGCUGUUGGAGGUGGUGGAGAGGAGAAUGGGGGGAGGGAUGGAGAUGUCGGUCGGGGGUGGGCUGGUGGAGAGGUAG